AUUAUGGUUGAGGUUUCUUGUAAAUUGAUUGACAAGAAGUGAUCAAAAGGUGCCCUCAAGUAUGAAAACUGAAGCAGAACCACAUGCAGAUUCAGAUGUCAAAGAUAUGACGCUUGUGGAAAAGACGAAUCCAGAAGCUAAAAAGUGUGAAAAUAUUAUGGAACAACCCUCCUCGGAGUCGAAAGUUGUGGAGGAUCCAAAAGCUGAUGAAAUUAUUCAUUGUUGUUGCAAUUUCAAGAAACAAGCCUCCUCAAAGGUGAAAAUUGUGGAGUAUCUAGAAGCUGGGCAUCCAUAUAAAACAAGAACACAAAAACGCGGUGGAAUUCUUUUUAUUCAUGAGGACAUUGGAGGCUUUUGUGUUUCGAAAGAGCAAUCAUACUUUUACAAAAAGAUAUGGUUGAAAUAUGGUCAUAUCGCAUCCGGGGAAUUUGUUACAAGCUUAUCAUAUGCUCGCCAAGUUUGCAUAGUCAAUGAUAUUAUGGAUUCUGUAAUAGAAAUGCAUCGUUCUCAAUAUGUUGAUGUAUCUGAUGAAAUGAUUGAUCAUGGGAGAACAAGAUAAAGAUGACUGAAAAUAUCAAUUUCAACAUUGAAUGGCUUCGACAACAGUUUGAGAAUGUUAAAGGAGUUGAGAAAUUUAACAUGGGAUUAUUGGAGCAUGGUGAGCUCUUCCAAGAUGCAAAGAAGAGAGUUAGUUUAGCAGAAAAUCAUUUGAAAUGGGAAAAGGAACGGCUGAUGACCUUGAAAAAUGAGUUACGGUCGAAGUUACUUGCGUUGGGAUCAUAA